AUGGAUGCUGUGGAAGCCCCCGAGAAGAUGCCCGUCGACACCACGGCCGAGGAUGGCCGCUCCGAGGCACUGGUCAAUGCGUCGGGUCAUCGUCAAGAGCUGGAACGGAACUUCAGCUUGCUCAGUAUCUGCGCCGUCGCCGUCACCACCGGAAACACAUGGAUUGCGCAGGGAGGUAGUUUGGUCACUGCUUUGGGCAAUGGUGGUCCAGCGGGAGUGAUCUAUGAAUUCAUUGCUGUUUCUGUUUGUUACUGGAUGGUUGCAGCGUCAAUUGCAGAAUUGGCUUCGGCUAUGCCCACUGCCAGUGGAGUGUACCACUGGGCCUCGAUCACGGCUGGAAAAUAUGGCCGUGUCUGCGGCUUCUUUGCUGGAUUCUGGAACUGUCUCGCAUGGAUCCUGGGCGCUGCUUCAAUGGCCGCCAUCCUGGGACAACAGACCGUUUCCAUGUAUGCGCUCAUGCAUCCGGGCUUUAUCCCUCAGGCAUGGCACGUCUUCAUCAGCUUCGUCAUCUGCACCUGGCUGUGCUGCUGCAUCGUGCUCUUUAUGAACCGCGUCCUACCUCACAUCGGCAACCUGGGCAUGUUCUUCAUCCUCGCCGGUGUGCUCAUCACUAUCAUCGUUUGCGCGGUCAUGCCUCAUGUCAACGGAGCCCCCUAUGCGUCCGAUGAGGCCGUGUGGCGGACUUGGGACAAUGCCACUGGAUGGUCGAGCAACGGCUUUGUCUUUGUCGCGGGGAUGCUCAACGGUGCUUACAGUGUAGGCACCCCUGACUGCUCCACUCAUCUUGCAGAGGAGAUCCCAAGACCAAGCCGCAAUAUCCCCAAAGCCGUCCUUGCACAAAUGUCCGUCGGCUUCGUCACCGGUCUCGUGUAUAUGAUUGCCGUCUUCUAUUCCAUCAACGACCUCGACGCUGUCUUGAACAGCCCCUAUGGCUUCCCCCUUGCCGAGAUUUACCGCCAGGCAACAGGCUCGCGUGGUGGUGCUCUUGGUCUGCUGAUCGUCGCUUUCUUGCCCACGGUUAUCACAUGCGCUGGUUGCUACAUCACCGCUGGUCGUACCCUCUGGACCCUCUCCCGCGAUCACGCGACUCCCUUCUCCGGCUGGCUGGGCCGUAUCAACAGUCGGAUGCACAACCCCUUCAACGCAACCUUGACCUGCGGCGUCAUAAUCACCCUCCUCGCUUGCAUCUACGUCGGAUCCACGACCGCGUUCAAUGCCUUUGUCGGAUGCUUCGUGCAGCUCUCCUCCCUCUCCUACUUCGCCGCCAUCUUCCCUCACAUCCUCACCCGCCGCGCCUCCUUCAAGCCCGGAUACUUCUGGAUGGGCCGUAUCGGCUAUGCCGUCAACAUCUUCAGCUCCGCCUACAUCCUCGCUUUCGUGGUGAUCUUCUGCUUCCCCUAUGCCAUACCCACCAAUGCUGCCUCGAUGAACUACGCCAGUCUAAUGACCGGUGGCCUGACCAUUUUCGUCGCGAUUUGGUGGUUCUUCCGGCAGGGCUCGUACGAGGGACCCAAGAACAUCCCGCUGACAGACAAGGCUGUGCUGGAUGACGCAAGAUAG